AAUACGGAUUGAAUGAAAUACCUUAUAAUAGUUUGAAAAAUAAGAGAAAAUUAGGAUGUGGGGGCUUUGGAAUAGUAUAUCAAGCAGAGCUCAUUUCACUAGGUCAUGUAGCCAUUAAGGAAGUAGAAUCAGAAACAGACGAAAAGGCUCAAAAGCUUUUUAUAAAUGAG